AUGUUCACCCGACGCCUCGCUGCUCGAAUGAGCGGCAGUGCCACAUCCACUCUCAAACGCCCAUUCUCCAGCACACAAUGGCAACAACGCGCACCCGCCCUCUCCGACAUCGAGCCCGAUCAGGUCGACUCCUUCGACGCCAGACAGAUCGAGUUCCGCGCACAACUGGCCGAACAGCAACGGAAGAAGAAGGAACAAGAACGUCAGUCAGCUCUAGCUCAAUCUCAGUCUGCGUCCAGUGCCGCUAAGUCCUCUUCCUCUGCCUCCCCUGCAUCUACUUCUUCCUCUACUUCUGCCGACACUCGUUCAGCAAUGUCCGAAUAUCUUGACAAAGCAGGGCUAGGCUCACUCUCACUUUCUGCAGGCGAAGCACAGCGCAAGCAAGAUCAGUCUGGUGGUAAGAAGCCCUCGAGUGGUCGACUGAGCAGUUUCAUUUAUGGUACCGAGGAGGGUAGGGAGAUGGACAGGGAAAUUGAGAGGAGUUUCUCCCAGACACUCGCGCGAGGGAAGUACGUGCAUAGUAUUGUGGUACACGAGGUCAAGCCGGACAAAGUGGAUGAGUAUGUGGAGUUGGUCGGGCAGUGGUAUCCUAAGACGGCGAAUGAUCCGGACAACAAGGUCAACUUGGUCGGCAGUUGGAGAACAGAGGUUGGAGACUGUGAUCAGUUUGUACACAUCUGGGAGUAUCAACGUUAUGCGGGCUACCAUGCUUCUCGGCACACGAUCGAGAACACUGAAGAGUUCAAGGAGUUUGACAAGAAGCUCAAGUCUCUGAUUACGAGCAGGAAGAUCUCUCUGAUGCAGGAAUUCCGCUUCUGGCCGACAAGCCCGCCACGGAAGCUCGGUGGUGUGUUCGAGCUGCGAUCGUAUACCCUCAAUCCUGGCAACUUGAUGGAGUGGGAAACACAUUGGCAGAAGGGCCUGUCGGCGAGGCGAGAGGUUAUGGAGGGUGUCGGUGCAUGGUUCGUACAGAUCGGUGAGCUGAACGUGGUACACCAUCUAUGGCAAUUCGCGGAUCUCGAGGAGCGCAGGGCAAGGAGAGAGCAGAGCUGGAGUGUGCCGGGGUGGGGUGAGACGGUACACAAGACUGUGCCGCUCAUCCAGACGAUGAAGAGCAGGAUCAUGAUGCCCAUGCCAUGGAGUCCGAUUGCCUAG